CUCUCUCCAGCCUCCAGUGCCUUGAGUCUGCCGGCGCAGCCGCCUGGCGCUCGUUUUCCCCCGGCUGGAGUGCGUACAGCCCUGCUUUUCUGGAGCCGCAGGGAACAAGGGACGGUGACCUCGGUGCGCUCCACGCGUCCCCGUCCCCCGGCCCACGCCCCGUCCCCGGCCCGAGCCCGGGCCGACAGCAUGGUGCUGCUGGUCGGGCCCGGGCCGGAGGGCGGUGGGGCGCUCUGCGUGUCUCCGCAGCCGCCGUCUCCACCUCGGGACGCCAAGGCCGGGGAGGACCCCGCUGACUACGAGGAGUACGAAGACUUCUCGCGUCUGCCCGACACCCGCAGCAUCGCCUCGGACGACUCUUUCUAUCCUACCCUAAGCGAGGAGGAGUACGGCGCCGGGAGCGCGGAGAGCGUCCGGGAGGGCGUCCCGGAGGGCGUCCCGGAGGCGGCGACCCUCCUGCGCGCCGCCUGCGCCAACGACGUGGGGCUACUGAAGGCGCUGGUGCGGCGGGGACCGCGCGUUGAGGAGGUGCAGGAGACCGACCCCAACGGCCGGACCGGCCUUAUUGUCGCCUGCUACCACGGCUUUGUGGAUACUGUGGUGGUCUUAGCAGAGUGUCCCCACAUUGACGUCAACUGGCAGGACAGCGAGGGGAACACGGCCCUAAUCACAGCUGCGCAGGCAGGGCAUGCCACCAUCACCAACUACUUGUUGAACUACUUCCCUGGUCUUGACCUGGAAAGAAGGAACGUGUUCGGGUUCACAGCCCUGAUGAAAGCUGCCAUGCAGGGCCGGACAGAGUGCAUCCGGGCCUUGAUGCUAGCAGGGGCAGAUGUCCAUGCCAGGGACACCCACCGCGGAAUGUCGCCCCAGGAGUGGGCCACUUACACAGGGCGGCUGGAGGCAGUGCGCCUCAUCCAGAGGCUGUUGGAGCGACCCUGCCCUGAGCAGUUUGGGGAAAAGUACAAGCCAGAGCUGCCGCUGCCACUCGAGGGGGUUCUGAAGCCGGUGGACUCCAAAAACUGCUUGCAGAGGCUCACGGAGUUUGUGCGGUCCACGCUGACCUCCCGCUUGCGGCACCAGAGCCUGGAGGAUGGCGGUGUCCUGGACCACAUGGUCAGGAUGACCACGAGUCUCUACAGUCCUGCUGUGGCCAUCGCCUGCCAGACAGUGUGCCCUGAGGACCCGCCCUGUGUAGGCAAAAGGCGGCUGGCAGUGCAGGAAAUCCUGGAGGCUCCUGCGGCCCCCGACACACGUGCCCAGGAGAGGGACAAAGUGGAGGACACUGAACAGCAAUUUCGGACCUCUCCGGAGGUGGGCGUCUCCAGAGAGGGGACCCUGAGAACCAGCCUCCCGUCUCCCCAGCUGCCAGUUGGCCGGCGGAAGGCCAGCCUCCUGCCCCUGCCGCUGCUGAGGAGGAGCAGCGUGCGGCCCGGCGUGGUCAUCCCCAGGGUGCGCAUCACCAAGGCGCCCGCGCCCACCUUCCAGCCCGAGCGGGCGCCCGCCAAGGGCAGCACCAAGGACAACUCCCACCUGCAGCUCCCCAAGUGGAGGUACAAGGAGGCCAAGGAGGAGAAGAGGAAGGCGGAAGAGGCGGAGAAGCAGCGGGUGGCAGCGGCGCAGAAGGAAAGGCGGGUAGUGCCCUGGAGGAAAAGGACGUGAGGGGAUACACACGCCACCCAGAGCGGGGGAGGGGGCUGAGGGGAGGCGUGUGGCUGUCCCGGGAAGGAUGCACCUCCCUCCCGCCCUCGCUGCUCCCCCUCCCGCCCUCGCUGCUGCUCCGGCGCACACUCCCCUUCGGGACAGGAUCCUCUGUGGGGCCCAGAAAGCAGUCCAUGUUUUUCAGGCUGCGCCCAGGAGUGAAUUGGGCAUAGCACAAACCGAUUUGCCUAAAUCUAGUUCCCCCAGCAGCUGAGACACCUAGCGGGCAAUUUGCCUAAAAUUCUACCUUGAGAACCUCAAGAAAUUAAAAAAACCAAUUUAUCAAAGGGCAUUUUCUGUAUAAUUUUGUAUUUGAAUCAUGAUAAAAUUUGCAGCAUUUUACCAGCGGUGGGGCUGUUUGUACUUAAGACAAUUUUAAUGCAUUUGUCUGAAGACCCUUUGUUUACAAUACUGUUUCUAGCAAUACUUAUUUGUGAUAUCUCUAUGAUUUUAUAAGGAAUUGGUGAACCCUCCCCCCCCCGCCUUUGCUAUUUGUUUUUUCAUCUUGCCUUCUUUCUCAUUAUGAACACACAACACUGUAUGAUCUUAUUGAUUUGAUUAAGUGAUGCCAAAAAUUUGUUUCUAUUUGAUGGAGGCAUUUUUUUUUUUUUUUUUACAGCAAAAUGAUUAAGGAAGGAAUCAGAUUUCCUUUUAUCUUAUUUCUAAGUGAUCUUAUUCAUACAGUAAUAACAAUGAAGAAAACCUAUUGUCAAAGUAUUAAACAGUGAAUAGAGAAGCAUGUAUUUAUUGCUAGCAUGACACUCACUUUAAGCAAGGGUUUUUAGAAAAGCUGGAUACAAAAUCUUUAACAUAUUCAAAAACAGAUACAAGAGGAAAAACUGUUUUUAAUAAAAUUGGGGCAAAUCUGAUAAAUUAUUAUUAGAAAUACAAAAUUAAGUCACAUGUGCUCUUUGAUAAAUUGAAUUCAGAAAUUCUUAAAAUAGAAAAAAGAUGCAAAAAGGAUAAGGAAUCCAGAAUGAAAGGCGCAGAAAUGGAGGGAGAGGGGGUGAUUUUUACAGGAACAGGGGUUAGAACCGACUGUGAAGUGAACUUGUUUUAGGCACUCUCCUUGAGAGGGCUGGCGGCUCCCUCCUCCGGACUCAGUUCCAGCGAUUCCUUGGUGUGGACUCACUUUUAUUUUUCCUUUGAUAACUGCCCUGAGGUUCACUUUACCCUUCACACCGACUUUGUAGAAUUUCCAAGAUGUGAAGACUUCGGCCGAGCAUGGAUGUGACUUGCCCUGGGCCUCGAACUCUCAGUGGGAGUUUUCUGUCCAUCCUUUUUUUUUUUUUUAAAUCUGCAAAGCACUGAGACAUUCAAGUGAAGCUCUGGCCGUCGGGUUGUAGAGUAUGUAUCACAUCUGCACUACUGACAGCACUUUAUUUAACUAGUAUCCUGCUUGGAAGCUAUAGAUUUAAAACUUUACAGUGAUUUAGAAACUCUUCACUAUAAUCCUGCAUUCACAGGGCAGGUUGGCUCCCUGGCUACACUGGGAUGAGAGCCCUGCUGUCCCUGCUGCAGGUGGGGGCGGCACUGCCUCUCCCUGCUCCCCGCUACUCAGCACCAUCAGGCCUUGAGAAAUCAGGGGUCUUACACUUACUCUCCAAAACCCUCAACAUUGCCCUGAACUGAUGGGCAAUAGGUGUGGUGAUAAUUCAGCUUUCAAAGUCAGAUUGCAGUAGUUUCUCCCUCAUCCCAGAAAGGCACAAGAAGAAGGGCACAGAGGCCUGGGCCCACUUUGAGCAUCACUGGUCAUAGUUGGCUGCAAGUCAUCUUUGUGCCAAAGAGUUGGGGUUGGCCAAGUCCGCUUGGAUGAGAUGAGGACUGGUCCCCAAGGUGGAAGCAUCCCUGUGACAGUAUGAUCUGGCAUCCUAAGGUCAUUGUCCAUGUUUAUGUAUUUUCAUUGCUUUGAAUGGCUGACUGCAUUGUCUCACCAGGGGUCACCCCCCCCCCUGCCCCUGUCCGCCAGUGUCAGGGACAGGGGCACUGAUGGCCCCUGCUGAUUUUCCAUGACUUUGUCAACGUUUUGCUCCCAGCCAUCCCUUUUGCCUCCUCUUUUUCCUCACUUGCCCUUUCUUCCUUUGCCCCUUUUCUUCUCCAGAUUUGGCUAAAUACCUUGCUUAUCCUUAGCCCCACCACUCUGAGGUCUAAAAGGAGCAGAAAAGCAAGGCCAUUAAGAGCAUGAGCGUGGCGUCCCUGUUGAAUGAGCAUGUCAUAACCUCUACAUACCCAGUAGUGCACAAGGAGAGAUUUAUCCAGCAUCUGUGCAGGUGGUUUAGAAUUUUGACAACCCCCCCUUUUAGGGAGGGAGCCCUUGGUUUCUCUCCUGACAGAUGACAACCCACCCUCGAUUGAUGUAUAGAGGGGGGAGGGUCUGGUGUCUGCUUGCACCCCUGAAGUUUAUUAACUAUAAAUAGUAAAUUUCAAGUUGACAGGUACCUUCUCAGGGAUUUAUAUAUAAACAUAGUUAGGGGCAAAGUUGAAGUAUAUGUUAAUACUUCCUAGUGCUUGUGUGAAUGCUGAUUAAACUAGACAGAAGACGUGUGUAAGACAAUGUCAGCGCUGCUGUUUCCCAGGGAGACGUCUGGGAAGCGCCCCUCAGUCAAGAUUUCUUGGUUAUGGGAAACCCGGGACCCUGGCCACUAAAAUGUCUCUGGGGUGAAUGUGGAGUCGCUUCAGUGCCUCUCAGUGGCCUCUGUGGGUGUGCACCCUUGUAUUUUGACAAAGAAAUUCACCUCCCCUGCGAGUAGUGGUGGUAACACAGGUGGGCCAUUCAUUGCGUUUACCCGGAGAACUGGUGUUUCCCCAUCUGAUAUUGGGGUGUGUGGUGUGAAAUGACUCCAUUUUCUACGUGCUCACAUUAAUUGUGGGCUACCACCAGUCCAGCUCCAAGCUAAGGACUGGGAAGGAGGCAGGAGAAACUGGGAGAGGUCGUUGGGGUGACCUGGGUGUUCAGAGGCCGCACCCACCUUGGCUUUGGCUACACUAGGGAAAUGCAGUGCAGAACAUUGGGACCUUUGCUUUGUUGAUGCUCCUCCCAGGAGGCAGCAUGAACUACCUCAGGGAUAGAAGAUGGGACAGUGCAAUACCUUCGCUAUCCCCACGACGGGUCCUCCUGAGGCUCGUUCUGCCGAAAAGGAUGGAUUUUAUGAUGUCAGUUGGAAAAUGGAACUUGUGGGUGCAGAGUGACCACAGCAGGCUGCCUCCGCCCACUUCCUCCUGCUCUCGGGGGUGCCAGGUCUCUGGAAGUCCAGUGUUCAUGGAGGCCAGGCUGUUGUCUGAGACUGAAUCCUGUGAGGUGGGCGGAUCCUGCGCCUGUGGUGGAUGUGAGACCUGCCGUCCCCAGGGAAGAAUCAUGAGCACCGAGUUAUGAAGAAAAGCAUCCCUGAGAGGUAAAUAAAUGAGCCAAGACUAAGAGUGGGUCUCCUGCAGCCUCCGGCAAGAGUGCUGUGUUUCCUCUUGUCCACACUGCAUGAGAGAGAAGACCGUCUGUCCCUAACUUUGCCAAGUUUGCUCUGCGAGAUGAGUUACAGCCCUGCUGUUAGUCAGGUGUUAUUCUGUCCCCUGGGUCCACCUGAGAUUCAUGCUCGCUCAUUUUUUCAUCCUAAUACAAUACAGUUGCUCCUGGUAGUAUGAAGAUUUAUCACAAACCGUGGGACGCUCCUGGUCACAACCAGACCUUUAUAGGAUAAAAUGCUAGUACUUCUUCUUGUUUACAGUAUUGGGAACUUCUAACAUCUUAGGACCCUUUCUGUUCCAUGGUGAGGCCUGUUUGGAUUCUGCCCCUGGCUGUGGGCGCUCUGUGCACAGGAACCCUCAUGGGCCUGGUCCUGUGGGCCUGGGCCUCAGUUUCCCCUGCAGCCGGCUCCCGUUAGCCCUGUCUCAUCCUGGCAACUGCCAGGAGGGUCAGGGUCUUCUGGGGAAAGAAUGGUGGAAGGUCAAGCUAAUUGCUCCUUAUAAGACAACAAACAAAACCACAUUUAUGACAACAACCAAAGUGGGUAGCAAACCAUCGGCAGAGUUGUCGGCAGCCACAAGCACCAACCCGACGGUCCUCCGAGCACGCAGGUGGCUCUCUCCUUGGUCUCGCGCCUCGGUGCACUCAGGACUUGUUCUGGGCAAUUCUUCAGUCAGCUGCUCACUCCCGUGCCCUUGAAUUCACAUGGUUCUUCAUUAACUUUAAAAUAAGUGGCUAAAAGACAUCCUCUGGAGGUUGUUCUUUUGAAAGAAAUAGAAAACCCUGCAACUAGCAGGAUUGAUGCACUAAUUUUGGGGUGACUCAGGUGAAUGGCAGUGCUGCAUACAGUUUCCUCACUCUGACCCAGCCUGAAAUAAGACUGGUGUGACAGGUAUGGCCCCUUGGUGCAGUGACAGCCCUCACAGCAAGCUGUGCCAGAGUGGACAGUGUGUGACAAGGUGUGAGUGUAUGUGUACGCGCGCGCACACGACCAGAAGGGAGACCUGGCUUCAUGCUCACAAUGUGUCGCUGCCACUGUGACUCCUGGGAGUGUCAGGGUGACCUGCUUGGAUGGUUGUAUUCAGGAGGACUGGGCAGCCCCAGGGCCACUGUGGGCACUCUGGCCAACAUGGUGUGUAACACAGCCAGCGUGUCACAGCGUGGGUCUUUCCCUUCAGAGGUGGUGUUUGCCCAGGUGACUCAUAGGAGCUCCUCAGCGAGGUCCUGUAGCCGGGUGUGGGUCAUCUCUCUGCCUUUGACAAACAUCCUUGGCAUGGAGGGACCCCAAUUCAGAGAGAACUCUGCUUGGACAGCUCCGCUAGGCGUUCAGCCCAUGCCGCAGGGUGGGGGCGAGCUGCCCUGAAAGUUAGCACCAGGUUAACCAUAGAAUCUACAUUUUCCCAAGUGUGUGUAAGUGUUAAAUCCUCUAACCAAAGGUAACACAAUUGGGUUUUGAGAGAGAUUGUUUCACCAUAAUGUGACACUUUUGUAUUGUUUUUAAGGAAAAUGUAGAAUAGAAACAAAAGUGAGGCUGCCUGUCGUAGGAAGAACAUGGCUCGUAUUGACCUGAUGCUUUAUGAAGUUUUGGGGGGUCCCAUGGAAGCACCUUAACACUAAUUUGGGAGCAGGUGUUCUUGAAGCUGGUUUAAAACUGCACAGCUAUGUCAAAUUUGAUGAAAACCAUAAAGAAAGCUAUAUACCCUGAAAUGAUACCGUCAACCCCCGGAGUCUUCUCACGCUAAGGAGUUUGAAUAAUACACCCCAUUCAGAUAAACAGGAAAAGCUAAUCUCUUUGAAAUUCUCUUCCUUCGGAUCGCCUGCCAGGCAUCUGCUGGGUGUCUGAGGAUGUGUGUGAGCAACCGGCACGGGCCAGAUUUCGAGUUAGGUCGCAUGGUAUAAGCUCCGUUUUCUGAAUGGAAAGCAUUUUCCUUGCCGUUUCUAAAAAUCCAGUGGGUUUCUGGAUAUCAUAAAAACGUUGAGUCCGGAUAGAAUUCUGUAACUUUCAUAGUGUUUUAUUUUGAAGUGAGAGUUUUUGUUAGUUUAUCAGAGGUAUUUUCCUAUUUAGACCUCAGGGCUAUUUUGGGACCUCCAACUAAGUGUGACCCCAGCAGCUUCCAUUCGUGAUAUCUAAAAGGUUAAUAAUCUUUAAGUUAAAUAUGAUAUAUUAUUUAGCAGAAAGAAUGUCUUUCCAUUUUAACUUCUAACAAAUUCUGUACUUAAUGUUUAAAAAGUGUAGAAAAAAGGUGAUAAUGUAAAAAUAUGGGAAAAUUGUGGCUAAAGAAUUAAAAAUCACUUGUGAAAUAAGCGUUCUUGUGGUACAAUAGUGUGAUAUUCCAAUAAACCUAAGUGUGUAUAAAUUAGCAAAUGAAACAAUGACAUAUACCAGUAUUUUUAAUGUCACUUAUUUUGAUUGAA